AUGAAAAUAGUGGCGUUAAUCAGUGGUGGUAAGGACAGUUGCUUCAAUAUGCUCCAUUGUGUAGCUAACGGUCAUGAAAUUGUGGCGUUGGCAAAUCUCAAGCCGCCAGAUAAUAAAGGCAAAGAUGAAAUUGAUAGUUAUCUCUAUCAGACAGUUGGCCAUGACGCAAUACAAUACUACGCCGAGUGUAUGAAUUUGCCGCUUUAUCGUCGUGAAAUACUUGGUGAUCCAUUAGUAAUCGCUUCUGAUUAUAGUUCGAUUACGAGUGGAGAUGAGACUGAGGAUUUGUACGAGUUGUUGAAAGAUGUUAAAGAAAAGCAUACAGAUAUCCAAGGAGUGUCAGUUGGCGCUAUUCUUUCGAAUUAUCAACGAGUUCGCGUUGAAAAUGUAUGUAAUCGUCUUGGUCUGAUAUCAUUAGCAUUUCUAUGGCGAAGAGACCAAAAAGAGCUGUUAAAAGAGAUGAUUGAAACCAGGGUUGAUGCUAUUUUGAUAAAAGUUGCCGCUAUUGGACUGAAACCGUCGCAUCUUGGAAAAUCUAUUAGUGAGAUGUAUCAGCAUUUAUGUUAUUUGAAUGAAAAGUAUGAUGUCCAUGUAUGUGGUGAAGGUGGUGAAUAUGAGACGUUUACCCUGAACUGUCCUUUAUUCUCGAAAAGAAUUGUUGUGCAAGAAACAGAAACAAUUGUUCAUUCAGAUGACGCAUAUGCACCUGUUGCGUAUCUUCGACUGAAAAAAAUUUUGCUCCAAGAGGAACAACAGGAACAGCAACAAUCAUCCCUAUUGUCUUCCUCGUCAUCGUCGGUCGAAACUACGCAGCAAAGCCCUUCAUUAUUGAAUAUUCCAUCGUGGGAAAAAGAAAUUGGGAAUAUGGUGGAUUUGUUGGAAAGCUUUGACGAAUCGUCGCCAAUUGCAACAGACGCCAAUUCUUUCUUUAAUUUUACAACACACAAAAAUGCACCAUACUUCUCCAUAUCAGGGACAACAGCCUAUCACGAUGGCUCCGUGGUUGCCGAUGACUCUAAUACUCAUUUCGUAACAAUUGAGGAGGAAACUCGUUGUUGUAUGCUCAAACUACAAGACCGAUUAUCCGAAGUAGGAUUAAAUUGGUCUGACGUUGUCUCCAUGAAUUUGUGCAUCACGAGAAUGAGUGAUUUCUCACGCGUGAAUUCGGUGUACAAGUCUUUUUUUGCGGUGAAUCCGCCUACUAGAGCAUGCGUCGGUGCUAAUUUGCCACCACCGGCGAAUGUCCAAAUAGACCUAACAGCAAUAAAAUCCACAAAUGAUACCACCUUAUCCUCAUCUGAAUCCGCUAGACAAGUGAUGCAUGUACAAAGCUUUUCAUAUUGGGCUCCCGCGAAUAUUGGACCAUAUUCUCAAGCGAUAAUCACCCACAAUCACGUAUAUAUAGCGGGACAAAUCGGUCUAAUUCCAUCAUCACUAGAACUUCCAUCUCUCAAUAACAUCAAGGAACAAACCAAUAACGAAACCGAUUCGUUAUUGUUGUCUUAUGAAACUGGAUUAUCACUUCGAAACCUUGAAAAGAUCAGUAGUGCGCUCAACGAGGACGUGAGACGAAAUACCCUACUAUGUAUUUGUUACGUUGACGACGAAGGUGCUUUUCCAUUGGUGGAAAAAGCUUGGAAUGUUUUUUGUGGUGGGUUUGAUCUUUGUCGUCGGCAACGAGGGUUAGAGUACACUGGAGAUAGUGAUGGUAAAGAGGAAGAGGGACAAAUUGCAAAGGAUGAUGACGACGUACCUAAUACAAACACAGCAAAAACUACAGCUCCCGUACUCUAUGUACAAGUUCCCUCACUACCACGCAAUGCAAAAAUUGAAUGGCAUGCACUAUUACGAUCAUUAGUCACUAAUUCCAAACAAGAAAAACAUCAAUAUUAUAGCGAUGAAAGUGAGCCUAAAACCAACGAGCAAACUUUAUGGCAGAACAUUUUGACCUAUAACAAUGACGAAACGACGAUGACAACCAUCAUUUCAAUUACUUCACGGUUCUCAAGGCCUGUUUUUUCGAGUGUUUUUACCGUGAGGAUAUCUGAUAAUAAAAAAACGGCUACUGCUACUACCAAUGAUUCAUCAGAUUAUGGAGUAUCGUCAUCAUCAAUUCCCAUCCCAUCAAUAAUCAAAAAUCUUGUAUCGUCUAUUUCCGAUGAAAUUCAUAAUCAUCAAAAUCACCAAAAUGAUUAUCACAGUAAUGAAAAGGAAUCCACCUCACAAUACCAGCCAUGGACAAAAGUUAUUUCAGUUCGAGUCUUCUAUUCAGAAAAGUUUAUCGCUGCUGGGCAUGGUGUGAUUUUAGAAAGAGUUUUGAAAAGGGAACUAACCAACCAAAUCACCAAAGACAAAAGACGACAAGAUAAUAAUAAUCCCAAUUACGCAUCCAAUCUGGAACCCAAUCCUAUUCCUGAAUUUAAUUUAGAUGCUGUGCCAGCAAUCACAUUAAUUCCAGUAUUGGGAAUAAUGAAUAAUUCUAUGCUGGGUGUAAGCCUGCACGCUGUUUUCUGA